AAAACCCUACUCCUGCAACACCUGCGGGGAACAGUUCAGUCAGACAAACAUGUUGAGAUGUCACAUGACGAGUCACACAGAGGAGAAACCCUUUCCCUGUGAAACAUGUGGGAAAAGUUUCAGGUUCAAGAACAGUUUGUCGGUCCACAAAAGAACCCACAGGGGUGAGAAACCCUACAUCUGUAAAAUCUGUGGGGAAAGAUUUGGUUAUUUCUCUGCCUUGAAAUGCCACACGUCCACACACACAGGGGAGAAACUCCAUUCUUGUGAAAUCUGUGGGAAAUCCUUCAUUCACAGUAAAAGUUUAUCCAAUCACAUCAGGACUCACACAGGUGAGAAACCCUUUACUUGUGGAACAUGUGGGAAAAGUUUUGCUCGGAAUGACAGUUUGGUGGAUCAUAUGAAAACUCACACUGGUGAGAAACUGUACUCCUGCGAAACAUGCGGGAAAACCUUCCUCCGCAGCGGUCAGUUGUCUCGUCACUCUAGAGUCCACACAGGUGAGAAACGUUACUCCUGCAGCACCUGUGGGGAAAGAUUUAACUACUCCUCAGUGCUGAAAAGACACAUGAGAACCCACACCAGUGAGAAACCAUAUUCUUGCGAAUUAUGUGGGAAAAGUUUUAGCCAAAGUGGUAAUCUGCACUUUCACAUGAAAACCCACACAGGUGAGAAGCAGUAUUCCUGCCAGGUGUGCGGGAAAAGCUUCAUACGGAGUCACAGUUUGGUGAUGCACAACAGAACUCACACAGGUGAGAAGCCCUACACCUGUGGAACCUGUGGGAAAAGUUUCAGACAUAGAAGUGCAAUGACCGUGCACAUGAGGACUCACACAGGUGAGAAGCCCUACACCUGUGAAAGGUGCGGUAAAACCUUCAGGUUUAACGGUGGUCUGACCUGCCAUAUGAAAACCCACCUGAGCCAGGAGCAGCGUUCAGGUGUCGUGUUUGGAGCUGGAGCAGCUGAUGAGCUGCAACACUUUUAAUAUAAAGGUUGAAAUCAGAUUUUAAGAUUCUGCCUCCUAAACUACAGAACUAUUGUUCAGCUGAUCAGAAUCAACACUAAAUAACACCAACAUGUCAACAAAAGUCUUUUACAGGUUUAGGAUGAAGCUUUGAGCAGAUGAGUCAUCCUGAACUCACUCUGAGGGUUUAAAACAUUUUGUGACGUCGUUCUGAAAACAUUAACUUUGAUAUGAAGCUGUCAGUGACACGCAUUCCUUUAAAGAAUGCUGGACUCUUAUUUUGUUAAACACUUCCUGUCUCUUGUAUUCAGUCUGUUUCAUACGCUAAAAAUAAAUUAGUCAGAAAACUGUC